AACUUGUGUAAUUUUCUUAAGGUCAAUUAUAUUUAUUUAUUCUGCAAUGAAAAAAUAAACUCUAAUAAAAGUCCGUUAUUUUCUGUUUACCUUUUGAAACGGGAACCAAAAACAGUGUUUAUUCUUCCAUGUUACCAAAGGACACUGGGACAAAACGUUGUGGGCCAAUCAGUGAUCAGUGUACGUCGGACACAGUAAGUCAUUGCAAUUGUAAACAGGCAUUUACAUGGGGAACAAUGUACAUAUCGCGCAUCCAGAAAAUAUCCCAUAUUUAUAAUGCGUGUAUCUUCUAAAUAAAAUUAUUUUGGUUAAAAUGAGAUGGCUUGGCUUGUUCUUGAUACUUCCCACAGCAGUCUUCGCCGAAUGCAAAGCGCCCAAGCUUGGGAAAGUGCGCGUGCUGGCGGGGAACGUGUCGUGGACGGGCAGCUGGGAGCCGGCCUGCCUGCGGGGCUUCGAGGUGUGCUGGACGUCGCCCCACAGCGACAAGGACUCGUGCGAGAUGGUGCCCCCCGACGCCACGAGCGCAGCCGUCGACGGCUUCCAGCCGUGCGCGACGCUCGAGGUGCAGGUGACGGCCCUGGCGAGGGGCAACAACUACACGAGCGACGUGCUGUACGGUUACGGCGAGGCGGGUCCACCUGAGGUGACGGGGCUGAAAGCGACCCAGCACAGCCGCCACAUGACGCUGCUGGAGUGGUCGCCACUGGGAAACUACUCGUGCGUGGAGCACGUGCGCCUGUGGGUGUGCGAGAACCGGACCCAGGACAGGAGCACCUGCCUCUACGCACAGCUGAGCAAGAACAUGGACCAGUUCGCCGUGUACGAGCUGCGCCUGUGCCGCUACUACUAUGCGUUCGCCAGCACCGAGGAGGACUACGAGGAGCCGCGCAUGGCCACGCUGAAACUGUACCUCGACUCUGCCAACGAGCUCACCCGAGUGGACGCGGUGAACGUGACGCGAGACUCGGCCGUGGUGAAGUGGUGGAUAUCGGACGUGAACCUCACGUGCCGCACGGAGAAGAUGAGGAUCUGCUACCAGGAGAAGGGCAACGAGACGUCCCCCGAGUGCUGGAGCUGGGCGAUGGGGCAGACUGGGCCCAGCGACUCGCUCGCGCUGACCGACCUGUACGCGUGCACCACGUACUCGGCGGUGGUGAGCCUCAGGACCGCCGGCAGGUACAGCCACCAGGCGGUCACGUUCACCACUCCGCUGCACGGUGAUGUGAUAGACGCCCAAGUUGCAAAUGUCUCGGACACUGCAGCAAUCGUCAACUGGUCCUUCGACGCCGACAGGACGGACUGCCGACCCGACAGCAUGCAGGUGUGCUACUCGCCGGUCGGGGACAGCGACUCGAGGAUCUGUCGCUCGCUGGGAACAGCUGCGCAUUCUAGUGUGCACCUGCGCAACUUGGUGGUGUGCAGAUCCUACCGAGUCGAGCUGACCUUGCUGACGACAGCUAGUCCGAAACCUACAAUGACCUUGAGGCUGGCCACACUGAGCAAAGGUCGCCCUGUUUUACAGUACAUCAACGCAACGUCGGCGAACGCGUCGGUGAGGGUGAAGUGGAUCCCGGUGGACGGCAGCGUGCAGUGCGUGCGGCUGUACAACGUGUCCUGGUACUCCUCGGGCGACCCCAGGAGGACCUGGCAGUCCUUGCCGACUGACACCACGUCCUACACCAUCCACGCCGUGUCCAAAGGGCAGACGUACUACGUGCGGGUUUCCGCGGUGUUUGUGGACAACACCACGGAGUCUCUGUUCCAGCACGUGGACGUUCCUGCUCAGUCACGGUCAUCAACACCAUUUAAAAAAACACAUCCACUAACUAUAUUGUUAAUCUCACUCAUAUGCUAUAGCUGGUGAUAACAAAUCAAGCCAGACAAAAGAACACUUUAAAAAAGUGAUCAAAAUUACAAAAUAAUUUGCACCAAACAUAAGCCUGAAACCAAAAUUGUUGAAACAAACCAUUGCAAAUUGGUGACUGAAAAUCAGCAACAAAUUCUGGCCUAGACCACUAACAAGUGGUUAAGGCCAUCAACUGCUGGCUGAUACUAUCAACUACUGGCACAAAUCAACAACUUUUGGCCCAUACCACCAACAACAGCUGGCUAAGAUCACCGAAUGCUGGCUCUUACUGUAAACUGCUGGCUAAAAUUUUACACUGCUGACCUAUGCCACCAACAACUUCUGGCCCAGGCCAUCAUCUGUUGGCCCAUUCCAUCAAAAACUGCUGGCCCAUGCCAUCAACAUCUGCUUGCCCGUGCCAUCAACAUCUGCUGGCCUGUGCCAUCAACAUCUGCUAGCCCGUGCCAUCAACAUCUGCUAGCCCGUGCCAUCAAAAUCUGCUGGCCCGUGCCAUCAACAUGUGCUAGCCCGUGCCAUCAACAUGUGCUGGCCCGUGCCAUCAACAUCUGCUGACCUGCGCCAUCAACAUCUGCUAGCCCGUGCCAUCAACAUCUGCUAGCCCGUGCCAUCAAAAUCUGCUGGCCCGUGCCAUCAACAUCUGCUAGCCCGUGCCAUCAACAUCUGCUGGCCCGUGCCAUCAACAUCUGCUGGCCCGUGCCAUCAACAUCUGCUGGCCCGUGUCAUCAACAUCUGCUGGCCCGUGCCAUCAACAUCUGCUAACCCGUGCCAUCAACAUCUGCUGGCCCGUGCCAUCAACAUCUGCUGGCCCGUGCCAUCAACAUCUGCUGGCCCGUGUCAUCAACAUCUGCUGGCCCGUGCCAUCAACAUGUGCUAGCCCGUGCCAUCAACAUGUGCUGGCCCGUGCCAUCAACAUCUGCUGACCUGCGCCAUCAACAUCUGCUAGCCCGUGCCAUCAACAUCUGCUAGCCCGUGCCAUCAAAAUCUGCUGGCCCGUGCCAUCAACAUCUGCUAGCCCGUGCCAUCAACAUCUGCUGGCCCGUGCCAUCAACAUCUGCUGGCCCGUGCCAUCAACAUCUGCUGGCCCGUGUCAUCAACAUCUGCUGGCCCGUGCCAUCAACAUGUGCUAGCCCGUGCCAUCAACAUGUGCUGGCCCGUGCCAUCAACAUCUGCUGACCUGCGCCAUCAACAUCUGCUAGCCCGUGCCAUCAACAUCUGCUAGCCCGUGCCAUCAAAAUCUGCUGGCCUGUGCCAUCAACAUCUGCUAGCCCGUGCCAUCAACAUCUGCUGGCCCGUGCCAUCAACAUCUGCUGGCCCGUGCCAUCAACAUCUGCUGGCCCGUGCCAUCAACAUGUGCUGGCCCGUGCCAUCAACAUCUGCUGGCCCGUGUCAUCAACAUCUGCUGGCCCGUGCCAUCAACAUCUGCUGACCCGUGCCAUCAACAUCUGCUGACCCGUGCUAUCAACAUAUGCUGGCCCGUGCCAUCAACAUCUGCUGGCCCGUGCUAUCAACAUCUGCUGGCCCGUGCCAUCAACAUCUGCUGGCCCGUGCCAUGAACAACUGUUUGCAACUACUGAAUGUUGGACUAAAACAUAUUGCUGGUUUAAAUUAAUUUAUUGCAAUGUUAAAGUUUUUAUAUUUUUCUGUACUUUUAAUUCCAUAAAUUUUUGUUUUAAAGGACUCUUUGAAUUGAACAAAAAAUAUAUAUUUGUUUUCAUUUUUAA